UGAUUUUGAUCUAUGUGCCAUCAGGAAUAAAAUACACUUUAUGUACACAGUCCGAAAAGAGGUACCGACUUUGAAAAAGCUAUUAUCUGAGUUGAAAAUUGACAUAAACUUUAAUGGCGGUCGGACCACUUUAUGGAAAAUUAUUCGCCAAAUAGGAUUUCGUUUUAAAAAAUGUGGCUCCAAAACAAAAUUACUUAUGGAACGACAUGAAAUUGUAGCUUGGAGACACCGAUAUUUAAACGUUUUGAGAAAAAAUCGUACUGAAGGCCGACCUGUCGUAUUUCUCGAUGAGACCAUACACGCUUCGUACUCUGUUAAAAAAUGUUGGCAAACUGGGGAUGAGCAAGGUGUUCUAACAAACGAUUCUACUGGUGCGCGUUGGAUUAUUGUUCAUGCAGGUGGUGAAAUGGGUUUCAUACCAAACGCGCAAUUAAUAUUCAAAUCUCAAACAAAAUCGGGAGAUUACCAUGAUGACAUGAACAAAACAAAUUUUAUGAAAUGGUUACAGGAAAAAUUGAUACCUAAUUUACCACCUAACAGUUUAAUCGUCAUGGAUAAUGCACCUUAUCACACUGUUAGGGUAAAUAAGGCGCCCACAACAAGCUCUUCUAAAGCCGAUAUGCAAAAUUGGAUAACAAAUAAAGGAUUAUCUUAUCUGCCUACUGUGGUUAAAGCUCAACUUUAUGAAAUUAUAAAGGAGCAUAAAGAACCUCCGAUAUACGAGGCUGACCAAUUGCUUGAGGCUCAUGGACAUAAUGUGGCUAGAUUACCACCCUACCACUGUGAGUUGAACGCUAUCGAGUUUAUGUGGAGUCUUGUAAAAAGGCGAGUAGCCAUUAAUAACGUAGGGCAGGAAGCAGGUAACAUUGUAAAAUUAACCGAAGAAUCAUUUGAAUCUAUUACGCGCAAGAAUAUUGGGCCCGAGUCAAGAAAAGUGUUGAUUUAUGUUCAUUCUCUAUCUUUACUUUAUUUGUUAAGGCACUGCGAGCAACCUGUUGUAUAAUUAUUAUUCGUUUAUUAAUUAUUAUUAACGUACAUUUAACUGUAAAUAAUAAUUGAACAGGGAAGUCGUAAAAACCAAAAAUGGCAACACAGAGCUCACGCUAGCCAAUCUUACAGCCAGAGGUAAAAUAACUGUGAACGAACU